UGUUUAUAGAUUUAAUGGUAUUCCGAUAUGUUUAAGGUUGCAGGUUGCUUUUCCAGCAUUGAAAAUGAAGACGAAAACACACAGGUUGAAGUUAGCUUGGCAAUCAUCGAACUUGAAGAUGCAAACAUGAAGGUUAGCUUAACAGAGGACACGGCUGGGGUUUCAGACGUUGAAACAGGACCGCCAAAGAUGAAUCAGGAGGAUGUUGAUGACACAACGGAACAGAGUCCCAUGGUAGGUAUUCAUGAACAAACUCAACGAUAUUCGAAGGAUUCAACGGAAAAUUGGAUUUCAUUACAAAUGCGAAUGUCAGAUAUAAAACCUUGGGUAGAGACAAGUGGAAAAGAACAAACGAUCACAACACGAAAUCCAAUUGCUGUUUGGCUUGCAGAUUCGGAAUAUCGAUGUCGACCGUUAUCGAAAACAGUGCAACCAUGAAAUAUCUUCACGCGGUUUAUGUUUCGCUUCAGUACGUUGUUACAAGUGCAUAUUGUUCAUAUCAUAGAUUUAUGUUAUAUCCUUUGAAUGUAAUAAAAUUGAAGUUACAAUUUUGAAAUGGAGUGAAUGUAUUGGAAAAGAUGUUUGAAGUUUGAUUGUGUGUGUUUAGAGAUCUUAAAUAUUGCUUUAAAACUGUAUAAUAUAAUAUUGAUGAAUGCAACAAGUGCUAUAUUCAUUGAAUAAGUCAUGAUGUUGGUGAUAAAAACAUAUUUAUAUCAUCUUUAAAGCAACCUGUUAUUGAUUGUUGCACGCAAAAAUGGCACGAGGACGUUUCAAACUCGAGUCGAUGUCAUCAUUAUAAACAUAACAAAAGCCUGAUUAACACAGAAAAGUACUUAUCACUUGAUUUAACACUAAAAUAUAAGAUUGCGAUUUCAAAAUUCCUAGCAUCAAACCACAAAUUACAAAUUGACCUGGGUAGACGCAAUAAUGUAUAGAAAGAUAACAGACUAUGUAAUUGUUCUACAAAUGAAGUUCGAUAUCUGGACUGCGAAUACCAUGUGCUUUCUUCAAGUGUACCAAAUACAAUGAAAUAAGAUUAAAUUAUCUUUAUAGCUGUUAUUCUUCAGGGGAUUCGCCGCUUGAUUUUUUUAACUUAAUGAGCUCUAAUGAUGAAGCUAUUUAAAAAAAGUUAUGUACAUAUGUGUAUUAUCUAUUAAUAAUGAUUAAUAACUAAAUUAAAUACUUUGGAGAUAUUAAUACUGCAUCUGUUUUGUCUGUGUUAUUGGUGUUUGUGUAUGUGUUUUCCUGUGUAGAUAUGUUCUAACCACAACUUCGUUAAGAUCUAAAAAAAUAUCAAUAACUGUAUAAUGUACAUCGCUAUAUUAACACAACAUGUAUGUAUUUUUACAAAUAAGUUCUAGAUACAACUCUGGUAUGAUCUAAUAGUUUGUUUUAAUUUUUUAUUAUGGGCAUUUUUCACUGUUGAAUUGAGCUGAAAAGAAUUAACAGGUCAAAAGAGUUAGUUAAAAUGUGGUUACUGACCAAUUAUCUGCAACUCAUCUUGCUACCAGUUGUUUAUAAAAAUAUAUUUUAUAUUCGAUAUCUUACGUGACCCACCCAGUCCCGUAAGGCGAAAUGAUCCUUAAAACAAAAUUGUGUCUGUGUGUCGUAUGAACGAAUCUGCACUAAAACUAAAUUUAUGUUCACAUCGUAUAUGCAUGACCAGUUGUCAAACGAAAGUACGGUUGAUAUUCAAAUGCAUUAUUUUUCUCUUUCCGGGAUAUUGUUUUAGUAUGUUGAUGCUGCAUUAACAAAUAUAAGUGUAUAUGAAGUGAAAACACCAAAAAUAAACAACGGUUGCGAUAGACACCUAUAAACUGUUAGAUGCCCAUAAUAUCACUGUAAUGUAUUACUACAUGUAUGUAUAUGGGACGGAGGCCUUUGUUUACAAAAAUAAAAGACUACUUGACUUGAUUA